UUAUAAUAUUUCAAUAUUUUAGUUACUAAGUUUGAAUUUAUUUUCAUUUCAUUGAAAAUAAACAUGAUUAGCUCUAAAAAAUCUGUAAAUAGAGCUAAUUAAUUUACAGUGUGAUACAAAUCUAACUCAAAGAUUAGGAGGAAGGAUGGGCGUUAUGUGAAGACCCUCUGGAAACAUGUGAAGGUGGGUGAUGUCGUUCAUUUGUCAUGUAAUGAAGUCAUUCCAGCUGACAUGUUACUCCUGAGGUGCUCCGAUGAUCAAGGUUUAUGCUACAUUGAAACUGCCAAUAUAGAUGGCGAGAGCAAUCUCAAACAGCGAAUGGUUGCUCGCGGUUUGAUGACAACAGAUUAUGUCUUCCAUCCUUCGUCCUUCCAAGGUAGAAUUGAGUGUGAUCCUCCUAAUCAUAAAAUAUAUCAUUUCAAUGGCUGCAUAACUCUACCUACUGGUGUCAAAGUGCCUAUUAGCAAAGAAAACCUCCUCUUGAAGGACUGCUUGCUGAAGAAUACAGAUUUUGUUGAAGGCAUUGUAGUAUAUGCUGGUCAUGAAACUAAAGCAAUGCUAAACAAUGAUGGUCCUCGCUAUAAACGCAGCAAAUUAGAAAAACUUAUGAAUCGUGAUGUUAUGUUUUGCAUAGUGAUGCUAAUUUUACUGUGCCUUUUAGGAGCUGUAGGCUAUGGAUUGUGGUUAGGCUCCUUUGAUAAUAUGGAUGCAGUGCCUUUUCUUGCACAGUUUUAUUUAAAUGAACGAAGUGAAGUAUACACUGAAGCAUUUUUAAUAUUUUGGACUUUUGUAAUUGUAUUACAAGUCAUGAUUCCAUUAUCUCUGUAUGUCACAGUAGAAAUUAUAAAAUUAGGUCAGGUUUAUUUUAUUCAUGAAGAUUUCAACUUAUAUGAUAAUUCUUCAGAUACAAAACUUGAGUGCCGUGCAUUAAAUAUUACAGAAGAGCUUGGGCAAGUGGAAUAUGUUUUUUCAGACAAAACAGGUACGCUGACAGAAAACAAUAUGAUAUUUCGAAGAUGUACUAUUGGUGGAGUAGAUUACAACCAUGAACGUUCAUUUUCUGAAAAUUCCAGAAGUAAAAAUGCUUUUUAUGAUCCUGCAAAAUCAUCAAGUGAUUUAGAAAGCAAGGGAGAACUCGUUUUAAACCCUAGUCUCCAAGAAGAGCUCUCUAAAAUGGAAAUUCAACUGAAAGUUGAUUCUGCUGCUGCUGAAGUAACUCAUCUUUCAACUCAUUCCCAGAAAGUUCAAGAUUUUUUCUUACUUUUAGCAGUUUGUAAUACUGUUGUUGUCGCUAAGCAUCCACAUAAAGAUCAAAUGAACUCAAGUGGAUUAUUUUUAAAUUCAUUGACAUCAACUCCACUGAGAACUCCAAGAGCAUCUGGUGAAGGAUGGGAAAGUCCACAUGAGAAAUAUUCUCAUCUUCUUAGUGAAGUUAGUACACCAGCAAGUUCUGCUGCAUCAACUCCUAUCAGAAGGCCUCGUAAUUUAACCCUUCCUGCAUAUUUAAAGUCUUUUUGCUCACCUACACCAUCUCCUCUUGAAUUUCGACCCAUAUAUGAAGCAGAAAGUCCUGAUGAAAUUGCAUUAGUUGAAACAGCAUAUCAUUAUAAUUGUAAACUAUUACGCCGCACUCCUGAUUCACUAACACUUUCACUACCAGGUGAAGGGAUGAUUGAAUUCCGAAUAUUGCAUGUGCUUCCAUUUGAUGCUACGCGUAAGAGAAUGUCUAUUAUUUUACAACAUCCUCUUACUGGAGACAAAAUUCUAUUUUGUAAAGGAGCUGACUCAACUAUAUUUUCUCAGUUAUCUCCUAACUGGAGUAGAGCCAAUAGAGAUAUGAUAUUAAAGACUCAGCAGCAUUUAAACAGCUAUUCACGGAAAGGGCUCCGUAUAUUAUGUAUGGCUACCAAGAUUAUUCCCGAGGAAGAAUAUGAUGAAUGGUUGGCCUUUCAUAAUGAGGCUGAGCUUUGUUUUGAAGAAAAAGAUAAGAAACUUUACCAGUCUGCCUGUCUGAUUGAGAGAAAUUUGGAAUUACUUGGAGCCACUGGCAUUGAGGAUAGGUUACAAGAAGGAGUGCCAGAAACCAUUAGUGCUUUAAGAGCUGCUGGUAUAGUUGUUUGGGUUUUAACAGGAGAUAAACAGGAAACUGCUGUGAAUAUUGCCUACUCUUGUAAGCUUUUCUCAACUGACAUGGAAAUAAUUACUUUAAAUGCACGAUCUAAAGAAGCAGCUGAAGAUACUAUGAGAUUCUAUUUGGAUCAAAUUGAAAAAGAUAUUGUGACUACUGAAACAUGCUCUUGUGCACAAUCUACAAAUUCAUUCUCAUCUACUAACCCUCUCAAAAGCUUUUUCCAUGGCUUGAAUCAAAGAAUAACAGGAUGCAUUGAUCAAAGGAAACAAAGAGCUUUGGUUAUUGAUGGAAGAACUCUAGCAUAUGUUUUAGAUAAACCAUAUGAUGAACUCUUUUUAAAUUUAGCUCAACAUUGCACAUCAGUAUUGUGUUGCCGAGCUACACCUCUCCAGAAGGCAUAUAUCGUGAGCUUAGUGAAGGAAUCACUACAUGUACUUACACUUGCAAUAGGUGAUGGAGCAAAUGAUGUAAGCAUGAUUCAGACAGCUGAUGUUGGUGUGGGCAUCAGUGGAAAAGAAGGCAUGCAAGCUGUAAUGGCUAGUGAUUUCACCUUAGCUCGUUUCAGAUAUUUAGAACGGCUUUUACUUGUUCAUGGCCACUGGUGCUAUGAUCGCCUUGCGAGGACCAUUUUAUAUUUCUUUUAUAAAAAUGCUACUUUUAUAUUCAUUAUUUGCUGGUACCAAUGGUACUGUGGAUUUAGCGCCACUGUCAUGAUAGACCAAAUAUAUCUCAUGUUAUAUAAUGUUCUCUUCACAUCACUGCCACCUAUUGCCUUGGGAAUUCUUGAUCAAGAUUGUCCUGCUCAGUUGCUUUUGAAGUAUCCUUUCCUGUAUGGUCAAGGCCGAAGAGCUGAAGUACAUACAAAAUACUCUUUUUGGGUUAAUAUGUUAGAUGCUAUAUACCAAAGUAUCAUCACUUUUUUCAUUCCAUUUAUGGCAUACUAUGACUCUGAUGUAGGAAUUUGGGAAUUUGGAACUACAAUAUGUACUGCUUGUGUUCUUGGACAGCUUUUACAUCUUGCUAUAGAAACUCGUUCUUGGACCUAUUUACAUGUCAUAUCACUGCUGGUCAGUUUCUUCAUAUAUUUUGGUUUUGCUGUGAUGUAUAAUGCAUGGCCAUACAUGAGUGUUGGCAAAGAAAGUCUCCAAAACCCUUAUUGGGUAAUAAUUCAAGUGAUGAGGUCUUCAGUGUUCUGGUUUUGUACUCUCAUGGUUCCUAUAUUAGCCUGUCUUCCUAGGUUAGUCUUGCGAUCUCUACAGGGUAGUUUGUUUCCCUCUGAAGUGUCCAAGACCUUAUAUUUCUUUAAAAAAUCUCAGACAUCUUCUGUAGCUUCUACAGUUUCAGUUGCAUGGUCACGAGAUUCCAGCAAUGAAUCAUCUGUUGAUUUAGGAAUAAACUCUGAUAUCAGAACUGGUUUCCACGGAACACAGAUGUUCUGGUGACAACAUCCAUGUGCCACAUGAACUCUCUAAAAAUGGUGCCAUAAGUGCGUAAGAAUAUGCAUUAAAAAUGUGUUAUAGUUGGAAAAUUUUUGUUUUUGUUUACUAAAUAAAUGUUAUCAAAAUAUUAAAUAUGUCUUGUGAAAGUGCUGUAUUAAUUUGCCAACCAAAGUGGAAAUAUUUAUUCCUCUGAAAGUGAUACAGAUUUUAUGCAUUAAUUUUAUGCAUUAAUUUUAAAUUGACGUCAAUUUUUAUUUAACUUUAUCAUACAAAGGCUUUCAGUGGGUCACACUAAUUAUAUUCUGAUAAAUAGUUUCUAAAUGGCAUUUCUUUAUUCAUGCUCGUUUCAUACUGAAUUUAGUGUGCUCAUUUAAGAAAACAUUUAUCAUUAAUUUAAUAACAUAACAGCAUUUUAAAUUCACAUUCCUUUAUCCACAUUUAUUUAAUGUGAAAUGGACAAAUAAUUGAAUUUAAUUAAACAGUAUAUUUAAUUUAUGUAACUAGAUCUAUUUUAUAUUCUUAAUUUCCCUUCAAAGAUAUAUUAUUUGAAAUGCCUGUUAUUAUUUUGGAAAUAUUUUAAGAAUUGUUUGGUUAAAUAUUUUUCAUUUUAAAGUUUUGUUUCAAUUAAACUGAAUUAUUUAUACCUUUGUUAUUUGAAAAUGCUGAUUCUGUGUCAAAGUUACUGAAGACAGUUAUAUUCUUAUUUUAUAUCAAGUAAAAAUUUUUAAAUUAAUAAUUUUAUGUAUAAUGGUAGUAUUAAAUCAUAUGUACAAAAUAAUAUAAUCUAAAAGUUGAAACAAAAAAGGUCAUGACAUGUUUUCUCAUUUUAAUAUUAAAAUGAAUGUCAUCAGUUGAGGGAUGAGAUGCAAUAAUCAGGUGAUUUUAUUUUUCUUAUACAAAAGAAUAUAUCAGGAAUAAAUAUUCUUCUUCUUUUCUCAUAACAAGAAUGUUAGAGACAUAUAAGUAUCAAUAUUUGAUGGGAGCCCAUAAAGAUAACAUGCAAGUUUCAUCUCCAGGUAGAGACCCUGUAUGUCAGAUUUGCAUGUAACUUGUUUGACCAGGAAUAUGCUACCAUUUUCAGUUGCAAAAGUUGCAUUUCAAUCUGCAAAUAUGUUUUAAUACAAAACAUUAGAUUUUCUUGAAGAGCAGUUGAUGGUUUUUUAAAUGAUUUCAGUGUUGAUGAACAGUUACUUACAACAGUGAGUCAAGCUAUCUGAAGAACCAUGCAAAUUCUUAAUCAAAGCAAAAAUCAAAACUCCAUAAAAAAAAUGGAUUCAUUGCACUCUUAAGCUAAUGUCUUUAGUCACUCAAUAGUUGAUUUAAUUAUGAGAUUGUAAUUAAAGUUAAAAAUUAUGUUGUGACUUGUCUCACCUGUCUGCCUCUAACAUCAGAAGUCCACAAAUUUUAUCAUACUUAGAAAUGCAGGAUGCCAUCUGUCAUUGGCAUGACCAUGGCACCCUAUAAGUGAUAGUAUGAUUCUGCCUAUUUCCAUCCGAACUUUGAAGAAGAAUCGCUAGGGACAAAUCCAAGAGUUUUCUACCUCACCAAGUAUUUCGGCCUUCCCCUACUGCUAAACAAUAUGAGAAGAUUUCUGAAUUUCACCAUGUGUUUUAAGUGCCCUCAUCCUGCAAAGUACUCAAGCCUUUUCUAGAAAUCAAAUUUAGGCAGCUAGAAAUGUUAACCACUUUAUUGAUUGAGGGCUGUUAAAAAAUAAAAGCAAAUGGUUAACAUUAACAUUUUUAAAACUUUUAAAGAAAAUGGGUUUUUUCCCCCUGCUGCUAUUUGUAUCAAACUAAAUCUUUUUUUGUUCUAACAAAAAAGAGAAAAAGUACUCUUGAUUUUUUAAAAUAUGUUUAUGAUAAAAUUUAAAAAAUAAAUUACAGCUCAUUUUUAAGAAAUUCUGUAGUAUCACAAAAAGCAAUUUUAAUGAUUCCAGCUUUGCAGAUCAUUCCAAUGAGUGUUGACAAGCUGAUAUUCUGCAUGUAGAAAAGGAGUGAUUUUUUCGACUUAUAAAUCGUAAUGUAUUGAACAGGACCAGGACCAUGAAAAAAAGUUGUUUUUUGCUGCUGUUGUUAUUUUUUUAUUAUAUCAUAAGUCUCCCUUAAUGUUAUAUAAUAUUUACAAAUAAUAUAUUUGUAAAACAUAUUAUAUUUGUAUUUAUUUUUAGACCUGUAUUCAUUUGGAUGUAUAAGGUCCAUAUGGACAAAAACUUUUAUUUUUUCCUUUGUUCACCAAAAUUUUAUGUGCCACUGGUCUACCUAAAACCGUUAUUGCAUUCAAUUAUACAUAGAAUAUGUUUCUUUUAGAAUAUGUGCAUCAGAAUCUGAAUGCAUGUCAUAUUAUCCAAAAUAUAUGCUGUCUGAAUCUGGAUACAAAUGAUGCUUAUGUAUUAAAGAUAUAAUCCAAUAAUAUUCUCUAAGCUUAUAUUUUUUAUGAAAAAUAUCACAUAAAGGAUGUUUAUGUGAUAAUCACAUAAAUCACAUAAAGGAUGUUUCACUUUAGUUUGUUAAUAAAAUAAAUUCAUAGCUUAUUUAAAAAGAAUUAAAACUAUGUUUCUAUUAAAUAUUGAAUGAUUUACUAAUUUUAAUUCUUAAAAGUGCUGUUCUUACAGAAAUAUCUUAUUUAUUUAAAGACUUUGUGCACUUGCUUUCUCAUCUAAAUCUUCAGUUUUUUUUUUUUUUUUUUUUUUUUAAUACAUUUUCAACUUACUUGAUUAUUGCAUCAGAUCUCUCAGUUGGUAGUGCUAACUGCCAUUUGAAGAUGUAACUUUUUCCAAAAAUAAGUGGAAAAGGUAACAAAGUUUUUAAAUGUGCCAUUUUUUCCCUUCAUGUUCCUAGAUUAUAAUCAUUUCGUAUAAAAAAAAUAUUUGUUAUUUUGGUUAAAUAUAUAAAACUUAUAAGCAUUUUCCAGCUUCUCGAACAAUCUGUGAAGAAUUGUUUAUCAUUAUUGCUUCCUGAAGUAUUGUCUAAUUAUAUCAAAGCACAUUCCUAGUCAUGUCAUAAUUAUUAAAGAAGUUACAAAUAUUAAGCUUCUAAUUGAUUUUAUGACGUUUAUUGUGUAAUAUUAUUUCUGUGCUUGCCACUCUUGCCUCUGUUAUUUUGUACUUAAUUCAUAAUUUGUUGAAAGCUUUAAUAAAUUUUAAUAAAAAUUA